UGUAGCAAAUCAAGAAGUUAACAAAAUGGCAACCGGAGGUCAACCACAGACGCUAGACAACCGUAUAUUUUUGUUUCGGUUACAAAUACUAGUCAUUGAUGGUGGCUUCCUGGUAUUGAGAAAUAUGCUGGACCAGUCCCUGACAUCUCAAUGCAUAACGUUCAGUGCGUGCUUGAAUCAAGAAAAGUCAACAAUAAAACAUUUGAAAAGCCGCGGCGUUAUAACCCAGGUCCAAUAUGACGUUUUGUUUCCAUCGGGCGGUAAUGUCCCAACUUCGUCAGAUUUGGACAUCACGCUUAUUAUAUGUCUUCUUAGAAACCUGAAAUGUUUUGGAUUGAAUAACAAAUUUGACUGGGGGGCAACACCAGCACCAACCGAUCUAACAUUAGAAGCAGACAUAUGUCGGUUAAAGGAUUUCCGAAAUAAAAUAAGUCAUAUAUCAACAACGACUGCAAUACAACAAAAUGAUUUUACAGCUUGGUGGAAUGAUAUUGAACAGAUACUUGUUCGUCGAAGCUCUUCUGCAUUGAAUAUUCAGCAAACAAUUGCCGAAUUCAAAACUUGCCCUCUGGAUCUGGAAGAAGAGAGAAGGAUACAAAAAGAAAUAAAAAAGUGGAAGGACUGUGAAGACGAUGUUGACCAAUUGAAACAGGAAAUAAAAGACGUGAGGGCAAAUGUAACUGACGUGAAGGAAGACCUUGAAGGCAUAAAAGAAAAUGUAAUAAACGUGAAGAAAGACAUAGAAGACGUAAAAGAAAAUAAUACUGAAGUGAAAAGAGACCUUGAAAACAUAAAGCAAAUAGAAACUGAAGUGAAGAAAGACUUUGAAGACUUAAAAGCAAAUAUAUCUGAUGCGACGAAAGACAUUGAAGACGUAAAAGAAAAUUAUAUUGCGAUGAAGAGAGACCUUGAAGGUAUAAAGGAAAUUGUUACUGAAGUGAAGAAAGACAUUGAAGGCGCAAAAGAAAAUGAUACUGCACUGAAUAGAAACUUUGAAGACAUAAAAGAAAAUGUAACUGAGGUGAAGAAAGACCUUGAAGACGUAAAAGAAAAUGUAACGGAUGUGAAGAGAGACAUUGAUGAUAUUAAAAGACGAAACGGGAGAGAGAAAAAUAACGAAACCGAUUCAUCAGUAAAAACAAAGGAGGGAAUAUAUCAAAAUCAUAGGAAGGACGAAACAAGGCAGGACAGACAGAUGAAUGGAAACAUUUUCCAGAGGUUUUUAGAGAGGAGACGUUAUAACUGGAUGAAAACAAAACUUCAAGGCGACCUGAUAAAAUUUUAUAGACAAAGAUGUAGUUCAAUACCUCUCUCACCGCUUCUUGAAGAAGUAGAGACACCUUUAGCUGGAUUCUACGUGAUGCCAGAUAUAGUCGCCGUAAAACAGAAGUCCCUAACUUCCAAUGAAGAGGAGAGAAUACCCGUCAAGUCUUUGAGGAACCUGUUUUCAUUUGGAAGUCUAGAUCAACAAGAAAUGUAUGUAUCAGCUGAUGCAGGCUUUGGAAAAACUGCUUUCUCAAAAUACCUUGCAAUCACAUGGUGCCAAGCUCAUUGUCACGAUGACAACUACGCCUGUUUUAAAGACGACGAGUUGAAAACGUUAUUUGACUUUGAGUUCAUAUUUUUGAUUUUAUUGAGACACUGUACCUCUGUUUGUAAAAUUGACGAUAUGAUUGAACAGCAAAUUACUAAGAAACUUCCUUCAUCAGCAUCACUCGAUGAAGUUUUACGUAGAGAAAAAUGUUUGAUUAUAUUGGACGGUCUUGAUGAAUGGACUCACCCUGAUAAUAGUUGUAGCGAAGUAACAGAACACAUCCCACAUCGGUAUGUACGUGAUAAUUGUGUUAUCCUAACGACAACUCGACCUUGGAAGCUUGGUGUUUCAAAUCUAAAAACAAGUCAAUUAAACAAAAUAGUAGAAUUGGCUCAAUUAAGUGCAGAUUCUAUGCGGCAACUUGAAGAAAAUGCUAUAAGAAAAAUGACAGGUGUCCAUAACGAUAGAGUACUGAAGAGUAAAACACAGGACAUUAAUAAAUUGAUACGUGACCGUCGCCUAGAGCACAUGCAAGGGAUUCCACUCCUUCUCAUGUAUAUAGUUUGCCUAUGGUGCAACAACAAACCUAUAGGAAAUUCCAAACAUGAAAUUUACACCAACAUCGUUGAAUUUCUAUUAUCGAGAACAUCAAAGAAACACCCGGAAGUUCAACCAUCUCGUGAAUCGUCUACCAGUCAAAUUCCAGAAUACUUUAAAAGGUAUGAAUUUUGUUAUAAGUUUUACAGUCUUAUAACAUCAUUAUCAGAAUUAGCUUACCAAACAUUAUGUAACGAAACAAUGGAAAACGCGUUGGUAUUUGAUGGAACGGUUGCUGAAACACAUCUCAAAGCAGACGACAUAAAAUUAAGUCUUCUCUCAGGAAUACUGUCAGAAAGUAGAAGUAAAACUUUAAUCGAAGAAAUUAUCAAAGUAUUUUUUUCUCACAAAACAGUGCAAGAAUUCUUUGCUGCCAUAUAUGUUAGUUCUCACGGUGUUCUAGAAAAAUGUAGAACUGUUCAAGAUAUUCUGGACAUGUCAAACAUUUGUGAAUUUAUAAGUGGAAUGAAUGCUGACUGGAUGUGUGAAAUAUCAAAUGAUUGGAUGUCUGUGAUAAAUGAAGACGAGAAAACAUGCGACUAUAAUCUCAGUCAUAUACAGAACCUUUACUAUCACGGUGACAGCAGGGAGAUGGAGGCUGAGAUAAACUGGAUAUUGUUUCCCAGUUUACAGUACAUAACUGUGUGUCGUGGUAAAUGGACAAAUGAUGAAGAAGAUCUGAAUGAAAGUUCAUUGUUGCUGUCACGUGACAUGUUGAAUGUUGAACGUGUGAAGUUGUGGUUUAUAGAAAUGUCUGCAGAAAGUUUACAGAACUUUAUUACCGUGCUGGAAAAUCUGCCGCAGUCAGUUACAGUAACGAUGGUCGACAUUACACCGGAAACAGAAUUUGACCGUGUUAGAGAAAAUAUUCGGAGUUCACAAACUUUUCAUGUGAUACAAGACGACUACU